AUGGCGAGUAGCUCCUUCGCUCGCGACCAAGCGACAAGGAGUCUGAGAGCAGCAGCAGCAGCUCCACCAGCAGCGGCGACCACCCGGGUUCCUUCUUCCGGAACCCGGACCGCACUCAUUGGGACCGGGUUGUCUUGUCCGAGAGCCAUGUGGCUCUCGCUGGCCACUGGCUCUCGGCCAUGCUCGGACUCCGAGGAAGAAGACUUGCCCGUCGGGGAUGAAGUCUGCAAACGCGGCUACCUGCGGAAGCACAAGCAUGGGCACCGACGCUACUUCGUGCUUAAACUCGAGACCGCUGACGCCCCGGCGCGGCUGGAAUACUAUGAAAAUGCCAGGAAGUUCCGGCACAGUGUCCUCGCCGCGGAGGCUGCAGUUGCAGCGGCAGCCUCGGGCGCCGCGGUGCCCGCGCUCAUCCCACCGCGACGAGUGAUCACCCUGUACGAGUGCUUCUCGGUCAGCCAGCGAGCCGACGCCAGGUACCCAUACCUCAUUGCCCUUUUCACCCAGGACGAGUACUUUGCAAUGGUGGCCGAGAACGCGUCGGAGCAGGAGAGCUGGUACUUGCUGCUCAGCCGCCUCAUCCUCGAGAGCAAGCGCCGCCACCGCCGCGGCACGCUGGGCGCGCAGCCCGGGCAGCAGGGGGGCGCGCUGGCGGCCGCAGCGGCGGUGGAGCCACCCUUCUACAAAGAUGUGUGGCAGGUAGUCAUCAAACCCAAGGGGCUGGGGCAGAGAAAAGAGCUGAGCGGCGUGUUCCGGCUUUGCCUGACUGACGAGGAGGUUCUGUUUGUGAGGCUCAACACUGAAGUGGCUAGCCUGGUGGUGCAGCUCCUGAGCAUCCGUCGCUGCGGGCACUCGGAGCAGUAUUUCUUUUUGGAAGUUGGCCGAUCCACUGUCACUGGCCCAGGAGAACUGUGGAUGCAGGUCGAGGACUGUGUGGUAGCCAAAAACAUGCAUGAGCUGUUUCUGGCGAAGAUGAGAGCCCUGUGUGCAGAUGAAUAUAGAGUCCGCUGCCGCUUCAUUGGCACCCACCUGUUAACCCUGCUGUCCGCUAGGAGGCACAUGAACCCGCAGCCCGUCCGGCUCCGUGGCUGGUUCCUAAGGUCCAGGCUUAACUUUCGCAACCUGGGGGCCCUCCGCGACAGGGAAGACCUAAGGCACCUUACCAGGCGUUAUAUCUCCUACAGCGAACGGAUACGCCCCUCCAGGCGAAGAAGAAAACACCUGAGCAGAAUGCGCAGGUCCCGGAGAGCACUGUCAGUGCCAGCCAACUGUUUUCGCUACUUAACAGUUGGCCCAAUGCUUGCCCCUGCAGCCGCCCCCAACGAUGGCGCUUGCCUGUCUUCUGAAGCAUCUGGUUCUGGUAACUCUGGGGAGGAAGGCAAUCCUCAGGGCAAUGAAAGUCAGGAAGGAAAUGGAGGCGACUACAUGCCCAUGAACAACUGGGGGUCAGGAAAUGGCCAGGGCUCAGGAGGUGGCCAGGGCUCAAGUGGCCAGGGCUCCAGUAGCCAGGGCUCAGGAGGAAACCAGUGCUCCGGUGGGGGCCAGGGCUCUGGAGGUGGCCAAGGCUCUGGAGGUGGUCAGGGCUCAGGCGGUGGCCAGGGAUCUGGAGGUCAGGGUGCAAGAGGAAACCAGUGCUCUGGAAGUGGUCAGGGCACUGCAGGUGGCCAGGGCUCAGGCAGCGGCCAGGGGGCUGGAGGUGGCCAAGGCUCAGGUGGUGGCCAGGGGCCUGGAGGUGGCAAGGACUCUGGAGGUGGCAAGGGAUCAGGUAGUGGAAAAGGCUCUGAUGGCAGUGAUGACCAUGGAAAAUCCCUGAAGAAAAAAUCUUACUUUGGCAAAUUAACUCAAAGCAAGCAACAGCAAAUGCCACCACCUCCACCCCCACCUCCAGCUCCUGGAGCAACUGGUGGGAAAGGGAAAUCUGGAGGCAGGUUCCGACUUUACUUUUGUGCAGACAGAGGAGCCACAAAAGAACGCAAAGAAACUAAAGAUGUCAAAGAAGCAGAGACCCCAGAAGGUGCAGCUCGAUGCCACCACAGAGCCAGAGCUCUUGAUGAGGAUGAGGAUGACCCAUAUGUGCCAAUGAGGCCAGGGGUUGCAGCCUCUCUGGCAUGCUCCAGUGAUUAUAUGCCAAUGGCCCCCCAAAAUGCCUCUGUUUCAAAACGCCAUUCCCGGUCACCCUUUGAAGAUUCCAGAGGGUACAUGAUGAUGUUUCCCAGAGUGAGCCCUCCACCUGCACCGAGUCCCCCCAAAACACCUGAGGCUAACAAAGAGGAUGCUUCAAAGGACAAUGACAGUGAGAGUGAUUACAUGUUUAUGGCUCCUGGAGCUGGUGCAAUUCCAAAAAACCCCAGAAAUCCUCAAGGUGGCUCUUCUUCUAAAAGUUGGAGCUCCUACUUCUCUCUGCCAAACCCUUUCCGGAGCUCCCAGUUGGGACAGAGUGAACACAGGGAGUAUGUGCCAAUGCUACCUGGAAAGUUCCUGGGGAGGGGUGCAGGCAAAGAAGCCUCGCUUAACUGGGGCCCCAAAGAUGCGCCUUCAGACCAACGGUCAUUUUCGAAGCCUGGAGAUAGGAGGUCACCCGCAAAGCCCGCAGAUGAGGGAUCUUCAAAGAACAAGACUAAGAGACCCAGCCGGCUUUUUUUCAUUGUAAAAGGACAGAAAUUCAAGUCCAAACCAGAAAAGCCCACACAUGAGCAGAGAGAAGCUGACAGCUCUAGUGACUACGUCAACAUUGACUUCACUAAAAGAGCUAGCAGUGCGCCAGUCCCCUUUACUCAAGGACUGCCAGAUUCGUGGGGCAUAGUGAUUGACCCCAGAUGGUCAGCUUGUUCUCAUUAUGUGAACGUUGAGCUUGGACAGCCACUGCGAAAUCCAGCAAACGACCUCAUAAAUCUUUUACGAGCUAUUCCAGGUGCCACUCCCCUAUCUCCAGACGGUGCUAGGUGGUCACUUCCUCUUCUGCCUCUCAGUGCCACAGGUGGCAACGCUUAUGAAGCGCGCGGCUACAUCGAAGUGAUUUUCCACCCCGCAAUGACACCCGCCGUGCCUUUAGGGGACCGUGCCAUUCGCUACGAUGCAAAAACGGGUCGAAUCUACGUGGUCGACCCGUUCUCUGAGUGCUGCAUGGACGUUUCGCUCUCCCCUAGCCGCUGCUCUGAACCGCCACCUGUAGCCAGGCUGCUCCAGGAAGAGGAGGAAGAAAGACGACGCCCCCGAAGCCGAUCUCAAGGGGUCUUUACAGGCACCAGAAGCGCUGUCUCUGCUUUUCCAACUGACAGCCUCGACCGACAUCUUUCUGCGGGCGCCGGCUCGGGUGCGGGCGCGGCCGCCUCUGGCUCUGCCGCUGCAGCUCCACCUUUAGCGGUGGGUCGCGCCUUAGCUGCAGCCUCUGCCCUGGCAGCAGCCCCAGGCAUGGGCGCCUCUGCUUCGGGCUGGGAAGCUGUUUCGGGCUUUGACUCCGCCUCCGCCCACUGGAUUCUACCUGUUGAUAAUGCUGCGGCAGCGGCUGCCGCGGAAGCCAUCAGAGGCUUCCAAAGCAUCCCUGGUAGCUGGAACCUCGAAGCCCAGUAUCCACCAGCGGGCCCUGACAGAGGUGACAAUCGGGCAAGGGGGGCUGCAGCCCGCGCACCCCCUCCACCACCUCGCCGCCGCCCAGUGCCCAGGCCUCCGGAGCCAGAAGAUGAUGAUGACGACGACGACAAUGACACCUAUGUGCGAAUGGACUUCGCCAACAAGAAGUUCCACUCUCCCAAAAGAGGUGGGUAUUGUGAGGGUUUAUUUCCCUAA